CUUUACCUGUUUUUAUAGACACAGAGAAAAGCGGGAGAGAGAGAGCUUUGAAAACGAGGUGUAGUGUUGGUUUAUUAUUUGAUCAAUCUCUUUCUCUCUCCAUUACGGUUAACUGGGAUAGGGUUUUCCUUUCCUUCCUUUCUCUUUUCGUUAAGCGCUAUCACCUUAGCGCCCCUUUGAGAUUAGAGUUUGAUUGAUAUGGAAAGUAAUGAGGAUGGUGGAACCCAUUCUGAACCUCCUGAUCCAGAUGUUCUUGAGGUGGAUCCAACUGGUCGAUACAUAAGAUACAAGGAGGUGCUUGGAAAAGGUGCUUUUAAGAGAGUUUAUAAGGCAUUUGAUGAAGUUAAUGGACUUGAAGUAGCAUGGAGCCAAGUUCAGAUUGAUGAGGUGUUACAGUCACCUGAAGACUUGGAGAGGCUUUACUCUGAAGUACAUCUCCUGAAAUCGUUGAAGCAUAGCAAUAUUGUAAAGUUCUACAAUUCAUGGAUUGAUGAUAAAAACAAGACUGUUAAUAUUAUAACUGAGUUAUUUACCUCGGGUAACUUGAGACGGUACCGAAAGAAACAUAGGAAUGUUGACCUUAAGGCUUUGAAGUGUUGGGCUAGACAGAUUUUGAUGGGUUUGAGCUACCUUCACAGUCACAAGCCUCCAAUUAUUCAUAGGGAUCUGAAAUGUGAUAAUAUAUUUAUUAAUGGUAACCAAGGGGAAGUUAAAAUCGGAGAUCUCGGUUUGGCAACUGUCAUGGGGCAGGCACAUGACAAAAGUGUUAUAGGAACCCCUGAGUUUAUGGCACCUGAGCUGUAUGAUGAGGACUAUAAUGAGUUGGUUGAUAUAUAUUCCUUUGGGAUGUGCAUGCUGGAGAUGGUUACUUUUGAAUAUCCUUAUAGUGAAUGUAGGAACUCAGCUCAGAUAUAUAAGAAGGUUUCAUCUGGAAUAAAGCCUGCUGCCCUCUCUAAGGUAAAAGAUCAAGAAGUGAAACUUUUUAUUAAUAAGUGCUUAGUCCCAGCAUCUCAAAGAUUGUCUGCAAAAGAGCUUCUUAUGGACCCAUUUCUUGCAUUGAAUGGAUUAGCAAGGAACCGUCCCUUGCCACUUCCUGAUAUUGUUCUGCCCAGGACAGCAGCCUUUGGAGAUCGUUGUUUGAUGUCAGAAGGACCUGCCAAUACACGAAAUAAACCCUCUUCCCUGGAUUUGGAUCAUGAUCCUGAUAUGCCUAUCAUCACAUCUUCGAAUAAUUCCAUUGAUGGGCAUUUGGAUUCUCCAUGUGUGGAGGUUCGAAGGGCAAAGAGAGGCAAUAUUUUCUUGUUAAGAGGUGAAGGAAGUGAUGAAAACUCUGUAUCAAUAGUUCUUCGAAUAGCUGAUCAGAAUGGUUCUCGGGUUAGAAAUAUUCAUUUCAUAUUCUACCUUGAUGGUGAUACUGCUAUUUCAGUUUCAAGUGAAAUGGUUGAGCAGCUAGAACUAGAGGAUCAAAACAUUACAUUCAUAGCAGAGCUGAUUGAUUUGUUGCUGUUGAAAUUAAUACCCAAUUGGAAACCUUGUGUGCUCAUUGAGCAUCUAGUUCCUCAAAAUAGAACAGAAAACUCUAAGGGAAACCAGAAGAACCAUCAUUCAUCAGAAAAUGUGGAGACUGUUUCAAGUACUUCAUGUUGUCAAUCUUGUUCUCUAAGGGGAUCAGUUCCAAUCAUAGAAACAGAGGAGUGUUCUGGUUUUAUUAAACUUGAUGAGAUAUCUCAUAUUGAUAAGUUUGGUUACCAGACCACAGCAGAGGUCGAUGAUCGUGGUUCAGCGAUGUCAUAUGUUUCUGCGGCUUCUACUGAGUGGAAUGACAAAAGGUUAUCUUUCAAUUCAAACAUCUCCAUGGAAUCGGCACUUACAGACUUUGAUGGCAAUGGUUUGAAAGGUACCCUAGGAGAGUUCUUUGUCAGGAUGGAAAGUCCAUUCCCUGAUGACAAAAGCAAAUUAAUGGACAUGAACAAUAGCCACGUGGAGAUCUGUUCGACCAACAUUUCCUCUUUGCCUAAGGAUGAUAAUGAGGAUUUGAGAAGGGAGCUGGAGGAUAUAGAAAUGAAAUAUCAAGAGGCAAUUAAACAGAUAUACAAGAGAAGACAUGAAGCUAUCUUGGAGACAACAAAGAGGUUCUCACAAAAAAAUGUAGGGUUUGUUCACUAGUUUUCGCAUGUUUGUUUUUGUUUUUACACUCCUCCCCCACCAAUCUCCCACUUUACUUUUCUGCAAUCAUAAUUGUUGAACGUGUAGAUAUGUUUUUAUUUUGAGAGGAAGAUGAAGUGUAAAUGAGAUUUUUUUUUU